GGUGUGCCAGUGUGGAUGCUUGGUCUGGGUGCGGACCUCUUGUGGGCCGACAUGAACCGCCUACUGGGCUUCCUCUUCCACCAGGGAGUGCUGGACGAGCACUUCUUGCAGCUUCACCACCUCCAGGACGAGUCCUCCCCAAGCUUCGUCUCCGAGGUGCUCAACAUCUACUUCCACGAGUCUGAGAAGCUUCUCAACAAUCUCAGAUCAUUGCUCAUGGACAGGGACUUCUCCGACUACAACAAAAUGGCAAUUCAUUUGAAUCAAUUCAUGGGAAGCAGCUCCAGCAUUGGUGCCAAGAGACUCACCACUGUCUGCCUUGCCUUUCGUGCCGCUACUCAACACAGUAACCGUCCUGGAUGCCUUCGAGCCUUGGAGAUGCUGCAACAUGAAUAUUGCUAUCUCAAGAACAAACUGCAUGAACUAUUCCAAAUAGAGCAGCAACGUGCUUUGGCAGCAGCAGCCAGAUACCCACUGCAGAAUAACCAAUAA